AUGGUCUCCGUCCGAACUAUCGCUGUCACCGCUGCUCUGGUCUCUGCCGUCGCAGCUGCCCCCGCUCCUGCCCCUCAGCAGGUAGAGAACAGCGUCAUCCCCGCUGUCAACGACAUUGCCCACAUGAUCGAGACUGUCCUCAAGGGUGUCUACCGAUCUCUCAACCUGCUCACUAAGCCCGUUGGUGACCGAGUUACCCAGUUCCAGAACCUCGAGGCUGUCAUGGGUGAGAUCAACAACGAGCUUUACGACUUCGUCCACCACCUCUCCGAUACCCCUGCUCUUACCCUCAUCGGUUCUUUCUGGGGCACCAUCCUCUUUAACCCCCUUGUCCAUGCUUACCUGCUCAUUGCCGAGCAGGUUAUCGCAGUGGUUGGUGGCUUCAUCGGUGACGGCCCCGUCUCUAUCGCCACCACCCUUUUCUUUUCCUUCAAGGAUGACCUUGCUCUCUUCAUCAAGGCUCUUGAGAAGUACUUCCCCAACAUGACUGACCAGAUCACCUCUCUGGAGUCUGCCACCUCUUCUCUGGGCUCUGUCCUCUCCAAGGCUACUGCCGAGGCUGCUUCCGCUACCACCACCAUCCCCGGCCCCUCUGCUACCGCCUAA